UCGUGACCUGUAGGCGAGUGCUUGAAUUUCCUUGGAAUUCGUCCUUUUGCGUCGGAAACAGUUCGUGGAAUUAUUGCUUUCGCCAUUCUGUUUUGCUAUUUGAAUAUGGGAAUGCUUUACAGCUGAUUUGUGGGGGAGAACUACGCGUCUUUUAUUUUGCAACAAUGACGGCUUCGGCCGGCCAAAGGACAAUGGUGUAAUGCAAUGGAGUCAAGAGUUACCCAGACUUUUCUCCAAGAUAUUCAGAAUGGUGUUCGGUUUUCAAGCUGCUUAGGAAAAUGUCGUCUGUGAAAGUAGCUGUUCGAGUUCGUCCGUUUGCGAGCCGAGAAAACAAUCGAAGCUGCAAAUGUAUAAUUGGGAUGCACGGAGCUACCACAACCAUCCUAAAUCCUCGAAACCUGAGUGAAAAGCCUAAGAGUUUUAACUUUGAUUACUCAUAUUGGUCUCAUGAUGAAAAUGAUUCCCAUUUUGCAUCACAGAAGCAAGUGUAUGCAGACAUUGGCAAAGAAAUGUUGGCACAUGCAUUUGAGGGAUACAACAUUUGCAUAUUAGCAUAUGGCCAGACAGGCUCCGGAAAGUCUUAUACAAUGAUGGGCAAACAGGAGGCUGACCAGAAAGGAAUCAUACCACAGCUUUGUGAAGAGCUGUUUCAAAAGAUUGACAGUGAGAGCAGUGAUGAGUUGAUUUUAUCUGCUGAGGUCAGCUAUCUUGAGAUUUACUGUGAAAGAGUGAGGGAUUUGCUAAGUCCAAAAGCUAAGAACAACUUAAGAGUGAGGGAACAUCCAAUGUUGGGGCCAUAUGUAGAAGACUUGACUAAACUUGCUGUCACUUCAUUUGAGGAUAUAAAUGACCUUAUUGAUGAAGGCAACAAAGCUAGGACAGUAGCAGCAACAAACAUGAAUGAAACCAGCAGUAGAUCCCAUGCAAUCUUUAGUAUUGUGUUUACACAGAGGAGACAUGACUCCUUAACGGACCUAUCAUCAGCAAAGGUUAGCAAACUGAGUUUGGUAGAUCUUGCUGGGAGUGAGAGAGCAGAUGCAACAGGAGCCAAAGGGGAGAGACUUAAGGAAGGUGCAAACAUCAACAAAUCAUUGACGACUCUUGGAAAGGUGAUAUCUGCUCUCGCAGAACAGUCAUCUCAGAAGAAGAAAAGGAAAUCAGAUUUCAUUCCAUUCAGAGAUUCUGUUUUGACAUGGCUGUUGAGAGAAAAUCUAGGUGGAAACUCGAAGACAGCUAUGAUUGCUGCAAUUAGCCCAGCAGACAUAAAUUUUGAGGAAACUUUGAGUACCCUGAGGUAUGCUGAUCGUGCAAAACAGAUUUUAUGCAAAGCUAUAGUAAAUGAGGAUCCCAAUGCCAAGAUUAUUCGCGAACUAAAGGAAGAAGUGUCAAAAUUAAAGGAGCUACUUGUCAAUGAAGGCUACAAUCCUAAUGACCUGCAAUCUGUGUUAAAGCAAGGGUCUACACACCUACCAAGGAGAUACAGUCAAGAAUUCCAUGAUGGAACCCUAGAGAGGCUCAAGGCAUCUGAGAAACUGAUAGCUGAGCUAAACGAAACGUGGGAAGAAAAGCUGAGGAAAACAGAGGCCAUUAAGCAGGAAAGAGAGGCAAUGUUAGCGGAAAUGGGUGUGGCCAUCCACACCGAUGGUCAUACAGUUGGGCUGUUUCAGCCAAGAAGGAGACCUCAUUUAGUCAAUUUAAAUGAGGAUCCUUUGAUGUCCGAGUGUCUUCUGUACUACAUAAAGGACGGAAUUACAAGAGUUGGUCAAGCUAUGGCAAAGAGUCAUCAAGAUAUUCAGCUCAGCGGGGAAAAUAUUCUUGAUGAGCACUGUCUCUUAGAACACACCCAAGGUGUAGUGAAGAUAAUUCCAUGCGAGAAUAGCCGUACGUUCGUCAAUGGAAAGCUGAUCACAGAAUCCACACUGUUGAGAUCAGGGGCUCGUAUCAUUCUUGGAAAUAAUCACGUAUUCAGAUUUAAUUUUCCCGAUCAAGCUCGUGAGGAGCGUAUCCGUCAGUCUCGAGGGAAUCUUCUCGAGGACUUAAAUGGAAAAAGUGAGAGUAAAGCAGAGGAACCCGUGGACUGGUCAUUUGCGGUGUUGGAACUGCUAAGAGAACAGGGUUGGGAUGUAAAAGAGAUGAAUGAAAGGGUGGUUGAGCUCGAGGAGCAAAUUAAAAGAGAAAAAGAUCAAGCAGAUUUGCUUUUAGAGCAGCAGAGACUGAGCUAUGAAACGCGACUGCUGGAACUUCAGCGCCAGAUGGAUCAAUCGUCAGUACCAUCCAGUGAAUCAGUGGACAGUGACAUAGAUGUCGACAGUUUUGACAGCGAAAGCCCACUGACCGAACGUGAGCUCAACUUGGCGGAAGUAGUGAUCGACAAGUGGAGAUGUUAUGUAUGCACCUCACUCAGGGAUGACUUAUUGAGUCAUGCAGUUCUGUUAAAAGAAGCGAACGCCAUCAGCGUGGAGUUGAGAAAGAAGGUGGAGUUUCAAUUUACGCUGUUAACAGACACACUCUACACUCCCCUUCCAUCGUUUCUUUUGAGUGAUGUCAGACACAAGGAUAACCCCACUGUACUGGCUGUGGAGGUCAAAGACAUGAAACAUGGCGCCUCACACUACUGGUCACUUGGAAAGCUACGGGACCGACUGGAAGACAUGCGCUUUUUGUAUGACACCGCCGCAGAAACUAACAGUAAAAUCUCUUUUGACUCUGCUGACCCUUUCUACGACUCACUUCCAUGGUUCAGACUCAUUGGAAGAUCGUUUGUAUACCUGAGCAACUUGAUAUUUGGUGUUGCGCUGGAGCAAACGGUACCGAUUGUAAGUGAAUUGGGAGACAUACAAGGGAACCUGUCCAUCAACAUUCAGCAGUGCACUGAUCGUGGCACUUGGCAGGUGGACGAAACGGGUUACUCCUGUGUUCUGUGGUUAAAUUUCCUAUCUGAUGAUCCCGAACAGAAGAGUGAGAACGAGGAGAUUGAAGAAGCGGUUGAAGCAGACGAAGUACAGGAACCUCCUUUCUCUAAAGGGACACUUCAUGUCGGCCAGCCCUAUGUGAUCAGCAUCACUGUACAGCAGGCUCGUGGAAUUCCUUCUCAAUACACUGAUAUAUUCUGUCAAAUAAGGUUUUUAUGCAGUGAAGAAGAUGAAGGAUUUUCCACUGAGCCCGUUACUAACAAACCAAAUGGUGGUCCUCUGGGAUUUUACUUUAACCAAAAGAUUGGCGUUGUGGUAACAAGAGAGUUCAUAGACUACAUCAGCACCAGGCCCCUGCAGGUUGAAGUGUUCGGUCAUUAUCUGCAUCACCCACAGCAUCAAUCAAGAUCGCAGCUUCCAAGGGCUAUAGUGAAGGAAGGGGAAACUGGUUCUAAACAUCUUAAAGAAUCGUCACCUGCUGUUCCUUUGCCACUUCAAUCCUGUGACGAAGAAGGAACUCUUAAGUUUGAUUUGUUGGUGUGGGUUGAGGUCUUCGAAAUGUCACCGUCUGGAGAGUAUUUUCCUUGUGUUGUGAUACGUAAAAAUGACACACCUUGUGGUGGAGUUUUCCUUCUUCAUCAGGGAAUCCAAAGGCGCCUUGUUGUUACAAUAAUACACGAGAACUCUAUGGACAUCAGAAUCAGAAAAAUCACAGAACUUGCUGUGGGUCGUGUACGCACAACUGUCACCCUUCCCCCUUCAGGGGAAAGUUCACCUCAUACUGUAUCACUAAACGUGCUGUCACCUCAAGUCCAGUCCCACCCGGAUGAAAACAAAUGCGUAUUCAGGUUCGAAGCAGCCUGGGACUCAUCGCUUCAUAAUUCCAUUUUACUGAACAGGGUGACUCCGCCAGGAGAGCUUGUGUUCGUUACCAUAUCUGCGUACCUUGAGCUCGAAAACUGUUGCCAAACUUCGUGUCUCACAAAGGAUAUUCCCGUUUGCGUUUUUGGAAGAGAUUCCAAAACCUCCUCACGGUCUGUGUGGAGUUUGUUCGGUUCUUCGCGACGUCCUGAAAAUGAUAAACUCAGCGAUAUAUUUGAACUGGUAUUCCAUCCCGCUGAUGAGCACGGCCAACUGAUGAAAACGAAGAAGAGAGCAGUGAUGGACACUUCGAGUAUUUAUGUAAGAGGAGAAGAAAACCUUGGUGAGUGGAAACCGAGGGGAAUAUCACUGCUUGAUGAGCAUCAGUCACAUUUAGAUAAACUGGAGAGAAUUCAGGAGGUGAGUAAAACUCGUCACAUCCUGUGCCUUGGUGAGACGCUCAUGUCCUCUGACCGUCCCGACAACGUGUUGGUUGAUCCGGGAAUUUUCUCGGCUGGAAGUACCUAUUCCAGCCGGACUAGCCUGGGUUCUAUUUCGUUAUCUUCCUCGUUUCUGUCAGUUGCGUCACUUCCGGCUGGGAAACCACUGCGUUUUACAAGAGAUGUUAACCCUGAGAAAGUUAAAGAAAACUUGAUAACAAAGUGUCUUCGUCUCCUAACGUGGAGAAAGCACUUGUGUGAAGCCAAGGCUUUGAGUCGAGUUCCUUCGUCUGAGGGCAGUGCGAGCGCGUUGGAAAUACAAGAAAAAGAACAAGAAGAUGAAUCUAAAGUGGAGUAUUACGUACCAGAGGUGUUUCUUGUCAGGAGAAACCCGGUGACAAGCAAGCGAGGUUACCUUCACAUUAUGGACGAGUGCAGCUGUAGAUGGAGCAAAUGUUAUGUAGUUGUUCGGAAACCUUACGUGCUUCUCUAUCGCCAGGAAGGGGACCCAGUUGAACAGUUUCUGAUCAACUUGAAGCGUUCUAAAGUGGAGUGUCCUGACUAUGUUGUGUCGUUCAGUGUAUUCUCAAUUCGCACGAAACACUGCAGAUUUCUUGUGCGUAACACAACGGAGAAGGAGGAAGAUGCUUAUGAUUGGCUCUAUGCGCUCGAUCCUCUGUUAGUUGGAAGUUUGAGGUCAAGAAAAGGAAGUUCAAAACAUGGACACAAAUGAUGGCGCGCCCGUAAAAGAUUGUGAUGCCUUUAGAAAUCUCGUUGGCAAAUUUACUUGGAGAGAUUUGAUGAUAAGCUUCUUCAAAAGUCAGGAUGCUGUCUGUACAGAAAUGUAAGGCAUCUGCACCACGAGAGGGGCUUGUCAUCUAAAGUAUAGAGUAUUUAACAUAAUUUAUAUGCUUUGUGUUAGUGUUGAAUACGCCAGAGGGGAUGUAGACUUAAGAGUGGUUGGAAGUUUUAGAUUAAAGGUAAAUUUUAUGUAUAAAAUUCCUAUAACUAUAUUUAAAUAUAAUAGUAGUGUAAAAAUUUUCAAUUUGCCAAUGUCCCUUUCGUUACCUCAUAAGGAAAGAGGUGAUCAUCUUUAACAGAAUUGUUUUAUUUUUUAAAAUCCAUAUAAUUGUAGCUGCGGGAAAAGGACAUCUUUUCAUAAUUGUAUCCAUAGAAUAUUCCGUGAAUGGGAUAAAAAGCCCUCGUUGACUUACAUAUUAAUAUUUUCAAUAUAUCAUUGGCUGGUGGAGAACCGCCAACUAAUGAAGGGAUACUUGUGGUAGAAUUUUUUCCAAAUAAUGAGAGGGAAAAGGGGGUGUUUAUGGAAAAACAAUUGGUUUCAUUGAAGCUGGCAGUGUGCAUGAACAGCAACGACAAUAAUUAACAACUAUUCACCGAAGUGGAGGUGGUUAGUGGUGGAUAUUUACCGAGCCGCGAAGCGGCGAGGUA